AACAUCCUAAAACUAAAAAAAAAAUUAGGGACAAAAAAAUGUCGAAAGAUUCUCUCCUUCCCUCUCUUUCUUGACCGUCCAAAUUUUGUUUUCAUUAGUUUAUGUUCUUCAGUUUGAAUCGUUGGGAAGAUCUAAAGUUCUGAUAGAACAUUGCAAUGGCUGAAGAGAAUGUUUCUCAAGUUAAAGAGAUGAUGAUACCAGAUGAGCAUUGUUGUUUUGAUGAUGAUGCAAAACUAACAGAGAUCAUUCAAGAAACCUCUGUUCUUGAAACAAUGCCAACUCUAACGGUUGAGGAUGUUCUUAGUACUCCUCCUCCUCCAGCUGCAGUGUCUAAUGGUAAUGUGAAUCCGAGACGGCACUCAACCGGAGCGUUAGGUAAAGCUCAGGCUCAAACGCGUUACCGUGGGAACCAAACGAGCUCGACUCAUGAUCUUUGUAAACACGGGAAGAGGCGCGAGGAAGACUUGGUGGUCAAACCGUGGAAGUUGUUGGUUAAGAAAAAGAAUGCUGAUGCUGCUACUAGUGAGGUUGUCAAAUCUUGUGAUGGUUUAAAACCUGCUAAGAGAAGUGAAACAAAGAGUAGUAGUAUUACUCCUAGUGUUUCACCUGCUGGUGGUGUAAGAAUGGCCAAGAAGACAAAUCUUGAUGUUAAGAAGGUUUCAAGGAUCAGCGAGAGCAAGAGUUCUAAAGAGGAUCUUGUGAAGACUCUGAGGAUCAAGGAGAAGAAGACGGAGACUGAUGAACCAGUCAGAUGUGAUGAUGUAAUGGAGAAGAAGGUUUCAAGGAUCAGCGAGAAUAAGAGUUCUAAAGAGGAUCUUGUGAAGAGUCUCAAGAAGAAAGAGAAGAAGACAGAGACUGAUGAGCUCAUUAGAUGUGAUGAUGUGUUGGAGAAGAAGGCUACAAGGAUCAGCGAGAACAAGAGUUCUAAAGAGGAUCUUGUCAAGAGUCCAAUGAAGAAAGAGAGUGGUGAGCCGGUUAGAUGUGAUGAUGUAACGGAGAAGACGUUGUACGUUGUUGAAUCUAGUAUUGAGGAGAAAAAGAUGAAGAAGAAGAUCAUCAAAAGUGUUAAGAGUGAGAUUCAACAACCUUCUGUUAAGAAGAUCUCAAGUGGCAGCGGUAAGAAAGCUCCUACACUUUUACCGUCUUUGUCACCACCGGUUAAAGAACCACGAGUUACUAAAUCAGAUCCUAGGCCAAUAAGACAGACUACUUCAAGGUCCAAGACUGGUUUGUCUGAGAAGAAAGAGAGUGGUUCUGCAACUCUUGUUACUAACUCCAAAACCGAAAGCAAGAUCAUCAGACCAAAGAGGAUUGGCUUAAAGGUCACUCCUCCUCCACCUUCUGGUCCUCCAACGAGGCCGGUUAGUUUCAGGAAAGGGAAAGUUCUUGAACCGAAACCAGAAGAUUCUACUCCAACUUCGAUCAAGUUGAAGAAGAGAGUUGUUCAAGAACCAAAACUCAGAAGCGAUGGCAACAAGAAGAAGAAGAACCUGAAAGAAGGUGUUGGGAAGGUGAGUAGUUAUAACAGCGGCGAAAGUAAAAGAGAGAAGGUUGUUCUGAGGCAUAGAAAAGUUGAAGCAAAGAAGAAGCUGCAGACACUAUUCAAUAAUGUGAUUGAAGAGACUGUGAGUAAGCUUGAAGAAGUCAGGAAGAGUAAAGUUAAAGCAUUGGUUGGUGCUUUUGAAACUGUAAUCUCUCUUCAAGAUAGUGAUAUAACAUCUCAGAAGAAGAAGAAGGUACAGAGCAAAUCCACAUCUUCACAGGUUGUUGAAGGCUAGUCCUCUUGAGCUUAUACUCUAUGAUUUGGUGAAGGAAGAGAUAAAACUUGUGAAUGUGUGAGAUACAGUGGGAAAAAAUGGUUUGUUUCUUUAUGAAUCCUGUCAUGUAAAAUUUUCAGUGAGAUCAUUUAUUUUACAGUA